GCGGUGCCGUGUGCUCCCAGGGAGCGCGCACAGGCUAAAAUGGUGGGCGCCAAUGAGUGAUAGCCAGAGGCGGACUGACAACUCAUGGGGCCCUGGGCAAUAGGGGAUCAUGGGGCCCCUGUGUCCUUGCCCAAGCUCAAAAAAGCCUAUGAAAAAGGUACCAGGGGCAUCUCAUGGGGCCCCCUACUGACCCCGGGCCCUCGGGCGGUGCCCGAGUUUCCAAAUGGUCAGUCCGCCCCUAGUGAUAGCAUAAAAUUCUUUAUGCAGUAGGACUGGC